CUUUCAAUCUCAUUUUUCAGUUCGAUGUGCUACCGUAGGUCAGUCAAAUAAUUGUUCUUGGCGAGUAAAGGCGUUUUGUUCAAAGUCUGAGGUGAUUUGUGAAAACAGCUGCUCUAAUAUCGUAAACAAAAUUAGGCAACUUCUGCGUUUUUUGUUCACCAACGUUCUCUGCGCUUUAUUGGCCAACGACGAGCUUACUAUUACACAGUAGCAUUCGUGCACCAAUCCCGAAGCGCACUUUCCAUUGCCGUUCACCAGAAUCUCUUCAAGCUCCAUGGCCGAUCGGGUGUGCUAUCCGCCGGAGCGCCACUAUGGCUUCCGCUGCAGGAACUGCUCGAAAUCCGAAUUCCUGGGCCGCCGCUACAGCUGCUGGUUCUGCGCCGACUACAAUGUGUGCGGCGAGUGCUUCGAUGCCAACCGGCUGCCGGAGGCGCCACAGCAUCUGUACUACCAUCCGCUGAGCGUGUACUAUGCCUACGCCGAGUACCAGCUGUACUUCGGCGGCGAGCCCUUCUACGGCGACCACAAGGUGGAACAGAGCUUCAAGUGCGCCCUGUGCGAUGAGCGCGGCCUGACCACCGCCAAUCUGUACAAGCACCUGCUGCAGUCGCAUCGCAGCCACCGCGACCACAAGGCCUACCUGACCUUGGUCAAUGCCCUCCAUCUGGCGGACAGCGCCAUGGGGCAGACGCUGUCGCAGGUUUCCGGCCAUACGCCCCCGGUUCGAGCCCCCAAUACGGCAAGCGUUCGUGCCCCACCAGGUGGCAACAACACGCAGAACGAUCAGCGGCCCCAGCAGCUCUUUGAGGCCGCCUUCAACCUGGCCCUAAUGGUCUUGCAGCUGGACACUAUGGAUUCGACUGCCGCCGACUUUCCCGACCGCUGCCAUGAGAUACUGCAGCAGUCCGAAGCGCUGCUUGUCCAGCACAGCAACUCCAGACUGCCGGACAUGGAGGCCAUUGAGUCGUACGUUCGCGUCAUCGAAGAUCAGGUGGUGGCAAGCAUGGCCGAUCGUCGGCAACGUCUGGGCGGCGCAUCCGGAUCUCAUCGGCUGGCCCGCUUAGGAGCAAUCGGCCCUGCUUCUACUACAGCUACAUCAGCUAUUGGGAUGCGUGCUGCCACGCCCGCUUUGGUGGACCGGCAGACCGCAAUGGUACGCAGACCGAUGGCUAGGCGUACCGGGGAGCCCAUCGGGAUGGCUCUUCAAGCGGCGGUGGCUGCGUCUUCCAGCAGCGGCAAGGCGGGAUCUGUGGUAGCCAAGCAACGGCAGGUGCCGACGCAAGUGAAGGCGCAAGGAUGUCAGGCAGCCAAGAAGAUCUCAACUGUCAUUGCUUCGCCCCUGAAGGAUAAGCGCUUUCUGUGCUCGAAAUUGGUGGGCGAUGAUAAAGCAAAUGGCCAAAAGUGGGAGAGCAAGUUGCUUAAAGCCAGUUUCAUCGAGGCCAUAUUCUGCUCGAUGCUGGCGGACGAAGAGCUAAUCCAGCUGCCCAGUGGUCUGCCCUGGCCUGUGAACUUCUUGUCGGCCACCCAAGGGAGGAUGCCCAAUGCAGUCGAGCCGUCAGGCAAUUUCAAACCAAAUGGCGAAGUAUUGCUGUAUCCUGUACAACCCAUGGAAUUGAUGGAACACUUCUACCGGGGUCUCGCUGAGUACAAAACUUGGAUGGCCAACCAGAACGUCCCAGCGGAUGUGGCAGCCGAUAGCAAGGCAAUUGAAGGGUCUGUCGAAUCCAGCAGCUCGCCUUAUUUCCCAAGUCUAAGCGAUGCUAUUCCCCACGUUGAUUCCGCCUCGGAUGAUUUGGAAAGUGGUAAUAGUAAUCAGUCUGGCAAUGAAGCGGUGGGUGCUUCUGGUGCACCAGAGGAAAAGGCCAGCGAAUUGCCUGCCGAAGAAAAUGAUGGGGACUUAGGCGGAUUCGAGGAGGACGAGGACGAGGAAAGUUGCGAGGAUGAGAACGGUGAUGUGGGCGAGGAAGCUUCGGGUUCCGACUUCUCCGAAUCGGCUGUUUCUCAAAUCGCCGACUUAAUAGAUAUGGUCAUGCAGGAUGAAUAGGACAACGUCUCCUAGCCAUCGUUUGUAGAAAAUGUGUCUCGGUAUUUUCGCAAUUACAAAUGCUGUAUUUUAGAAUAAACAAGUGUGCCAUUUGACCAAAAGAAA